UAGGAAAAUAUUCAUGAAAAGCAAUCAUCUCACUAUAUGGUGUCCAUGAACUGGGUCACAUGCCUAACGCUACCAGUAGCCUUUUUGACAUUAGCUUCAGGAUUAUUUACUGUUGAGCUUGAUAAAAGCACAUACAAGUCUGAAGUCAAAGGUGAUGUUGUGAUGGGGUGCAGUUUCCAAACUCCGCCGCCCACUGCUCUAUCGGGCAUCACAGUCAGAUGGCACUGGAUCGCCCCUGGGGGUGAUGUUCGGGAAGUGUACCACAUGGAUAAUGCAGGGGAACAACUAGCGACCCAGCACCCAGACUACAGGGGCAGAGCAAGACUUCUGACUGAUGAGAUAAAGCAAGGAUGGGCAAAACUACAGAUAUCCAAUCUCCGAAUAAGUGACAGUGGAAAAUAUCAGUGUUUUGUGCAAACUGAGGCUGGAGCAGAUUAUAAAACCUUAACUUUGUCUGUAUUUGCUCCAUUUAAAAGCAUUGAUAAAAGAAUCGUAAAGGUUUCAGAAAGAGGGGACGUGGGACUGAUAUGCCAGUCUGAAGGAUACCCACAGCCUGAAGUCACAUGGCAUAAUGGAGACCAUUUUGAAAUGAAGCCAUUUACAACCACUGAAAUAACAGUAGACCAGCUUUUCAGAGUCACUACUCAAAUAAAUGUGACAACAAUGGACAAAAACAACUACACUUGUAACUUCACCAACAAAUCAGCAACCAUCCAAAUUCCAGAUGAUAUUCCAUUAUCUACUGGAAAAAAAACUGCCCUCAUUGUGACUUUGUGCAUAGCCCUGCCUCUGGUUGGCAUUAUUUUGAUUUUUGUGGUGUACAAAUGUCAGCAAAAAGGAAACCAAAACGAGUCAAUCAUUGAUGAAGAAAAAACUCAAAUGAAUCAAAUUAAUAGCAAUGGUUGUUUGAAGACUUUGCUUAAGCAUCGUUAUUCAAAAUGGAUCCAAACCCUGCCAAGGGACCACAUGGAUGUAAAGAAGCCAUACUUCCCUCUUUACCACAUUGACGGCCAGCAACUAAAUCUUAAUGAUUUGGUGCCAGCUAACGGAGAAGCUCUGUUACUUGAAGGGCCAGAAGGAAGUGGCAAGACAACCCUGAUUCAUAGGCUUGUGUUUUCAUGGACCCAACUGCCUGUCUCUGACCUCACUGAUCUCAACCAUCUUCUACUGGUUUUUUAUGUUGACGGGAGCAAUACAAACAGCAAUUUGUUGGAUGAAAUAAUCACACAGUUAUCACUUAAAGAAGUUGUUACUGAGAAUGACCUGAAAAAUGUGUUAACCACUGGAACGUUGUUGAUAGUGGAUGGAUACAAAGAAGGAAACCUCCUUUUUGAUGAAUCACUGCAGAGGUUUUUGUUUGAUCGGGGAGGAUGCAGAGUCCUUAUCACAACCAGCCAAAAACACUCUAAAGUCAAGGAAAUAGUCGGAACAGGAGCAACAGUCACACUUCAAAUACAGAGGCAAAAAUAAAAUGAGUGGAUGGCUUCAUACCA